AUGCCUGAAUUUUCUAAAAAGGUGGUGGUUACAUACCAGUCACUCAAGGCAAUGAGAAGUAUUAUCAAUGGCAAUGGACUCAACAAGCUAGGUGAUAACAAGCCCCAUGAGAGUAAUCCCCGUGAAAGCAAGUCAAUUGAGCCGCAGGAAAGCCAGCCCCAAAGCCGCAAGCCAUAUGAUAACAAACCCCAUAAAAGCAACCCCCUUGGCCAAUCCCAGCAGCCCUGCAAAAGCUUGCAGGACUCCCAAUCUAUCCAAGAAAAUUCAAAACAAGCUUGUUCAGAGGAUCAGGGCUUAGAGCCAGCAAAACGCCCCAAGGCAAUCAAAGAGCAAAUUUUGAUUGGUCACGCUGGAUUCCUUGAGGAGCUUUUGGCCGUGGCAGUAGAGGACUACCUGAGCCAGGAAGACUUUAUUCCACAUCUGUUUGGUCAUCAACGUGACAACCGUGCAGCACGUGGAGAAUAG